AUGGCCAGCCCGGUGAAGCCGCCUCCGCGCGGCGUCGUCGCCUGGCUCCUGGUUCUCCUGCUCUCGCGCAUGCCGCGGCUGUCGCUCGCCGCCUCCAAGGAUAUCGUGUGCGAGCCGAUCACGGUGCCCAUGUGCAAGGGCAUCGGCUACAACCUCACCUACAUGCCCAACCAGUUCAACCACGACACGCAGGACGAGGUGGGCCUGGAGGUGCACCAGUUCUGGCCGCUGGUGCGCAUCCGGUGCUCGCCCGACCUCCUGUUCUUCCUCUGCAGCAUGUACACCCCCAUCUGCCUGCCCGACUACAAGAAGCCCCUGCCGCCGUGCCGGUCGGUGUGCGAGCGGGCGAAGCGCGGCUGCUCCCCGCUCAUGAGCCAGUACGGGUUCGAGUGGCCGGAGCGCAUGAGCUGCGAGCGGCUGCCGGUGCUGGGCAACCCGGAGAACCUGUGCAUGGACCAGAACACCAGCGAGGCCACCACCCUGUCGCCGCUCUUCCAGAAGCCCACCCCCAAGGGCCCCACGCGGCUCCGGCCCCCGGCCCCGCCGGGCUGCGCGCAGGAGUGCCGGUGCCGCGACCCGCUGGUGCCGGUGCAGGAGCCGUCCCACCCGCUGUACGGGCGCGUGCGCACGGGCCCGCUGCCCAACUGCGCCCUGCCCUGCCACCAGCCCUUCUUCUCCGCGGACGAGCGCGCCUUCACGGCGUUCUGGGUGGGCCUGUGGUCGCUGCUGUGCUUCAUCUCCACCCUCACCACCGUGGCCACCUUCCUCAUCGACAUGCAGCGCUUCCGCUACCCCGAGCGGCCCAUCAUCUUCCUCGCCGCCUGCUACCUGUUCGUGUCGCUGGGGUACAUGGUGCGGCUGGUGGCCGGGCACGAGAGGGUGGCGUGCGGGGCCGCCGGGGACCCCCAGCGGGGCCACGUCCUGUACGACACCACGGGGCCCGCGCUCUGCACGCUGGUCUUCCUGCUGGUCUACUUCUUCGGCAUGGCCAGCUCCAUCUGGUGGGUGGUGCUCUCCUUCACCUGGUUCCUGGCAGCGGGCAUGAAGUGGGGGAACGAGGCCAUAGCGGGGUACUCGCAGUACUUCCACCUGGCCGCCUGGCUGGUGCCCAGCGUGAAGUCGGUGGCCGUGCUGGCCCUCAGCGCCGUGGACGGCGACCCCGUGGCGGGGAUCUGCUACGUGGGCAACCAGAGCCUGGAGAACCUGCGCGGCUUCGUGCUGGCGCCGCUGGUGGUCUACCUCUUCACAGGCUCGCUGUUCCUGCUGGCCGGCUUCGUGUCGCUGUUCCGCAUCCGCAGCGUCAUCAAGCAGGGCGGCACCAAGACGGACAAGCUGGAGAAGCUGAUGAUCCGCAUCGGGCUGUUCACGGUGCUGUACACGGUGCCGGCCACCGUGGUGGUGGCCUGCCUGGUGUACGAGCAGCACUACCGGCCCGGCUGGGAGCGCGCGCUGGCCUGCUCCUGCCCGUCCGACAGGCCCCGGCUGGGACCCGACUACGCCGUCUUCAUGCUCAAGUACUUCAUGUGCCUGGUGGUGGGCAUCACCUCGGGCGUGUGGAUCUGGUCGGGGAAGACGCUGGAGUCCUGGCGCCGGUUCGCCGCGCGCUGCCGCCCCUGCCGGGGCCACAAGGCCGCGGGCGGCGCGGGGGACCCCGGGGCCUACGGCGAGGCCGGCGCCGCCCUGACCGCGCGGGCGGGCGCCGUGGGAACCGGGUCGUACCACAAACCCGCGCCCCCCUCGCACGUCUGA